AUGGGUGGUCAAGUGCAACCUGUCCAUUACGAUCCUGCAACUGUAAAACAGCUGACAAAAGAGAUUGCCGUGGCUUCAUGCAUAGGUGCAGCCCAAGGUGCAAUGGUUAGCAUUGUAAGCUCACUUCUAUUAAGCAGGUUCUCGACCGUAUUUAGAAAUGUUAGAAAUCAGGUAAAAGUGUUCUAUCACUGUAGCUGGAUUUCCAUGGGCGCUGUAUUUCAAGCUGAUAAGCAGUUAUUGAAAUUUCAAUCUAAAUAUUAUGAGACCGAACUGAAACGAAGGGAGAGAAUCCUUGAUGAGGCCGCUGAUAGGGGCAUAUUUUUGGAAGAGGAGUCUGUGGUGUCAAGCACCACUUCACAGUGA